UUUAUUUGACACAUCAUAAUUAUUUCUCUAUUUCUCAUAUGUUCAUGUCGAUUUUGAGAGAAAUUUAACUAUUUUCUUUCCCGAAACAGCACAACCGGUGAUCAGAAGUGACGAAAUUGUUAAUACAGUUAAUUGUUUCAUCCCGUCUCUUCGUGACUCACUGCAAGUCGCGUAAAUCGACAGAUAUACGCGUUGAAAGUUUUGCAUCUUAUACGUCUGUUAAUUUGUUUGGGCUGAAUUACCGAAUUUCUAGCGAAAAUGACUGAACCUUCGCCUGAUGAGCCUACCUCCAAGAGAAAGGACUUUAUUUGCGGAGUUGUGGAAGGCUUUUACGGUCGGCCGUGGACCACAGAACAAAGAAAGGAUUUAUUCCAAAAAUUAAAGAAAUGGGGCAUGGAUACAUAUGUGUAUGCUCCAAAAGACGAUUACAAGCACCGAGCGUACUGGCGAGAACUCUACACUGUGGAGGAAGCGGAACACCUCACAUCCCUCAUCUCUGCAGCCAAAGCUCAGGGGAUCAUUUUCUGUUACGCUCUGUCUCCAGGACUCGACAUUACUUAUAGCAGCCAGAAAGAGAUAACCACUUUGAAACGAAAGUUGGAACAGGUAUCCCAAUUUGGAUGCACAUGUUUUGCGCUGCUCUUUGAUGACAUUGAGCCUGAGAUGAGUGAAGCAGACAAACAGAUAUUCCAGAGCUUUGCUCAUGCACAAGUGUCCGUGACAAAUGAGAUCCACCAACACCUUGGUUGCCCCCGCUUCCUGAUUUGCCCCACGCAGUACUGUUCGACCAGGGCUGUGCCAACCGUCAACAGUUCCGAAUACCUCAACACUUUGGGCACUAAACUCUCCCAGCAAAUCGAUAUUAUGUGGACUGGUCCCAAGGUGAUAUCGAAGACUUUGACAACGGAGUGCAUAGAGGAGAUCACCCAGGUGUUGCGGCGACCACCUGUCAUUUGGGAUAACCUACACGCCAACGAUUACGACCAGAAGAGGAUUUUCUUAGGCCCGUACUGCGGGCGCUCGCCGGAGCUGAUCGCGCUGCUGCGCGGCGUCCUCACGAACCCCAACUGCGAGUACAACGCCAACAUGAUCCCUGUGCGCACGCUCGCGCACUGGGCCAGCUGCAGUCUCGAUGCGCCCGCGCACAUUGAGGCGGUGUCGUGGGACAUCAAGCUGGAAAGAGAGAGCGAACAAGGAGUGGUCGACGAUGAGGCGCCAGUCGCGCUCGGCAAACAUGUCUACCACCAUAGACAAGCGCUACGGCAAGCGAUAGACGAGUGGUUGCCAGAAUUUUCGAUACCUAAAGCUGCACAGGGCCCAGUCACCAAACCUCAACCAACCAUUACAGUACCGCCAGUUCCAAUAAUCCCAAUCAUGCCAUCGGUCAACACCUGCAUGUCUCUGAUGACGGCCACCAGCAACACAUCAACCACGAGCACAGCGGAGCCCCGCGCCAUCCCCUCCAUACCGUGUGUGAACACCUCGCAACUGCAGGCCUUCGCUGAUGUGUGCUCGUGUUCCGCGACUCCCGACCGACCCAUAUUGUCCACUACUGUCACUGUAUCACCAAUAGAAAACUUCAACCCAGUACCAAACCCAGUCAUGAACUCUCUCGUAUCACCAACUAAAGUGAUCCUCAACGAAUCCAUCCCCAACCCCAUCAUCCCCAUGGCCAGCUCCAACAUAUCCUUACCAUCAGAAUUACCAAUAUCAACCUUACCCGUCCCCAUACUCGGUAUAAAGGCUUUAGAAGAAAACGGAGACAAAGCAGACUCAUCGAUGGUGGAGAAAAUCGACGAGACUUUAUCAAAUGAUUCGGUAUUGGAAAGUGCAUCUUUUAUUGAAGACAUGAAGAAGGAUAAGGAGGAUUCGGAUAAUAUAAUAGUUGAUGAGGAAACAGUGGACCAGCCGAGGAAUGGGGAUAUGAGUAUUGGUGACACGCCACUGACUCUGAGUCCCAGCCGGCCGCCGGAGCCGCCGGAGCCGCUGGAUGUGGAUCCGCCGAGCGCGGCCGAGGCUCUGGAUACGCCCGACGGUGACGUCAUCAUGACCGACGGCAUGAGCGAGAGCGGAUCAAUGCAAGUGGAGCCGAGCAAUAGUCCGCUGAGCAGUGACAUGAUGGUGGAGCCUGUCGACGUCACGGACAACGCUGACGAGCCGGUAGAAAUAGAACCGCUCCUGGAGCCGGAGUCAACCGACCCGAACGCCCUGACAGCAGAAGAUCUAAUACUACUCUGCGACGCGUUCUACCUGCCGUUCGAGCAUGGCUCCCGUGGGCUGAGAUUGUUGACGGAUUUCCACUGGCUGGUUACUAGAGCUGCUAACCUGUUGCCCAGACCACACAAACCACAAGAGACGAGCGAGUGGCGCCGCCGCCGCAGCCGCUUCGCGUGGUGGGCGUGUCGCACGCGGCGGCUGACCCGCCGCGUGCUGCGCGCGCCCAACCAGGAGCUGGCGGCGGAGCUGCUGCCCUAUCUGUGGGACUUGUGUGCCGUGCUGGCUCUGCUGGACGCCGUGCUGCGCUGGCUGGAAUUAGGCAAGUUCCCAGCUAACGUAGCAUCGAAUCUGCAGGGGAAUUACACAUGGUUCUCGAAGGGCUGGCGCGAGGCGUUCGAGAGCGGCGCACAGGAGCCCUGGGUGUUCCGCGGAGGCCUGUCCGCCGACCUGCGGCGGCUGCUGCCCGUCGAGUGCGCGGGCGACGCGUUGCGGCCCAUGCUGCUGCCCGAGGGGCUGCCGCUCACGCCCAGGCCUUACACCACCGCUGAUGAGAAAGCUGUUUGCGAGAUCUGCCACAAGACGUGUCGCGACGGCUCUGAUUGCAGCGAUCUGUUCCCGAGCGAUUUGCAGUCCUUGCCUGCUGAUAGAUUAGUAGUUCCCUUCUUAACGCUAACUCCGGAUCUGUGCAUGGUGAUAGAGGACGACGACGAGUGUCUACAUCCAGAGCAGGACGACGGCGACGAUGACGAGAGAACGCACGAGACCGGACCUAGGGUUAAUGGUGUAAAACCUCAAAUAGUGGGGUACGCGUGCGCAGCUCUGAACAGCAAGGAGUUCUAUAAGAAACAAGAGAUCGCCUGGAUCCCGGAAAUGUGCACGAAGUACCCAGAGGACCUGAUCCAGAGAGAGGACCUGAGUCCAGCAGCGAAGGAGUGCAUCCGCUACUUCCACCAGUUCUCGUCGCAGCAGCGCGCGCCGCCGCCCGUGAGCCGCGCGCACGCGGCGCUGCUGACGUGCAGCGUGCGGCCGCAGCGCGACCACAGCGCGCCCGCGCGGCUGCUGCACGCCGCGCUCGCCGCGCUCAAGGCCAGAGGUGCGAGCGGCGUGCACGCGUGCAUAAACGAGACAGACGUAUAUCUGCACCAGUUCUACAGCAAGCUGGGCUUCGUGGAGCUACAUCGGGAUGGCGGGAAGGUAUACCUCGCGAGAGGCUUCUAGCCCAGAAGGAUUAGGCGGGCCUAUUUCAGAAGAGCUAGAUAGAAGUCAAAUUGAUAAAUAGACAGUGAAUAGACGUGAAUUCUAAUGAUAGUGUUUUGUAAACUUCGUGUUUUGAACAUAUGUGAUAACGGGACAUAGCAAAAAAAAAAACUCAUUGAAUGUUGCUGACGUUUUAACGACCUUGCAGCCGCCGUGGUCGCAGCCAGACUGGAGUAUUUGCGGCGUGAAGUUGUGGUGGUGGAUACAGUUUCAAUCACAGUACCCGCACGCACACACGCACACACACAUUAGGGUCGGUGCAUACACACACACUCGGUGCGCACUAUACACAGUAACCGACGGACAUGUCGAUGCAGACUAGACUACGAGUGCUAAGUCCUGUUAUUAUAUAUGUAGUUGUGAAAUGUAUUGAUUUUGUGUACAGUUAAUUGGAUACGAUAUAAUUUAGCUGAUAAGACGAUUUCGGUUAUUUAAAAAUGUUUUUUUUUUAAAUUACCGAACUACCUAAUUGUGUAAUUGGAGUUAUAAGAAACCAUAGACAGAGAAAACUGUGUGUGACAUCGUCAUAUUCCUCUAUUUUGGCUUUUUGUAUGAGACAGGUAUUGAUAUAGAAGAGAUAGGCUGGAAUUAGUAUGUCAAGUGUAUAUCUCAUUUGGUUAUGCCAGCUUGUUGCCAGUUUCCUUUGUCUUUGUUCGAAACUCUAAAAUCAAAAUCGAUACAAUUAUAAAGUGGUAAUUUUAUCCAGUUUAAGAUAAGAGACUUUGUUAAUAAAAAUAUGGGUCACUCAUUUUGUUUAACAACGUCUAUUUCUCACAUUAGUUUUAUUCAGAUAACAGUACUGUUAAUACUAUUAGUAGUGUAGCUAGUGUGGCGACAUCUACCGUACCACAUGCACAACGCACAACAAUCCAAAUCAGCCGAAGCAGAUAGUUUGCAAUACCACGGACAGAUGGCGCUAGUAGUGGUAUUGACAAGAGUGGAUCGCGGCGUUAAUAUUCGCAAGGUUGGAUCUAUUUACAACCUCUAAUGUUGUUUCUUUGGAGCUGUGGGUCUCCAGGAAUGAUACAGUCUGUCUAUAAAGAGUACAAAACGCGAUUUUAACGAACAAAUGUUUUUGUCAUUGCAAUACCAAAUUGAAUAGUCAAGAUUGGUUGAUAAGCUCCUAGUGUUGCCAGCCAAGAGUACACAAGAACCUCAUUUAUAAGAUCUUCCCUUUGUGACGGUCGAGCAUACCUCGUUCCCGAUACACUAGAUAGUGUCACUAAUACCGUUAGUAGUACUAAUAACAUUAAAGGGUAUAAAAAAUGAUUACUAAUGCACACAAUUGAAUUAGUCAAAUUGAAAGAAAUAUAGAAAUACUUUAAGUCUAAAAUAAAAAAUAUUUUUAGGCAGAUAACACUAUACAAUCACAACUUUACAAAGUUUUCAGUAAUUUGUGUAAUUUUAAUAUCGAAAUAUUAUUAUGAUGUUGCAUGAAUGUUGCUAUGUGUGUGUCUUGUGGUUCCGUACUAGAAUGGCACCAAUCCAUGCCCUGCCGCUGUUGUGGUACGACGGUAUAAAGUCUUGACAGCUAAUUGGCAACAACAGUUUUCCCAAAGAGGUUAGGCAUGUGGUCGUAAAAUCUUUCGAAACUUAAAAAUGUUAAAGUUGACCGCUAGUGGUGGACUUGGGGGCAUCAUAACCAAAAAUACAACUGUUGGACACGCCAGGAUGAAUAGAGAAUAAUAUAUAUAUGUAAAAAUCAACAUACGAUUGUAAAUUACAAUAGCAAUAAACAAAUCAAUGUCAAAAUUAUUUAAUUAAUUAACGCUAAACAAUUUUUGUCUCAUUUAAUUAAAAAAGUGUAACAGAGAUAAGAACAGUUAUGAGAGACCUAGAUUAAGAUAUAUUAUGUACUUUAUCGUGUAAAAAAAUAUGAUCACAUUUUGUACCAUCAGUGUUAUUUCUAAAAAGUCCUCAACUAUCAUCAAGCAUUUUUCUCUUUAGUUUUUUUAAUUCAGCUAAUCGAUUGUAUAAUGAGUUUUUUUGGUUUCGUUUUUUAUAUUGAACGCACCGUAAAAAGUAUAUCAUUGUGUAAAUACCAUAAAUGAAGCAUAAGUAGACAAAAAUUAAAAAAAAAAUAAUGAAAGUAGAAAUAUGUGUGAAAGCCGAUUAUUUUCGGAUGAUUUUUUGUUUUGUUUAUAAUGGAGAAGGCUAGUCAAAAGUCGGUUAAAUGUUAAGACUGAAAAGCGAAGGAUGAUAUCUUGUGAUAUAUAGGAUAUGAUGGGACCGAUUUGUAUUGCAAGAAUAGGGUAGUUGCGCUGUAUAUAAAAUAUGUAUAAAUGCAUUCAUGCAUGAUGAAACACUAUAAUCAAAUGUCACUUUAAUUGAUCAAUUUUAUCUAUGGUAACAUUCAGUAUUUUUUGACUUGCUUGCUCUUUGCUUUUUGACUGCAACAUCUGUGACGUCACUUGUGCCUACUUUCAUACAAGCGCCAUAUAUAUAUUUGUUUUUUAUAUCUUGUAUUUGACUUGGCAAUUACCCUAUUGCUAUAUGAAGACAUUUCUACCUGUAAUGUAAUUGUAUUGUAUGUGGUUAACAGUUAUUUGGUUAAAUAAUAUAGUUAGGCUGAUUAAUUUAACAAACUUUGUAAAUUUACCGCGAAAGGUAAUGUUUGAUUGCUUUUGUGAAACUGAAAACAACCAAAAAUGGAAAAAAACCAAAAUGUUGAAUUUUCCAGAAUGCAAGCUCAGGAGCUUAAACCUUAACCCCCUAAGCUUAAACCCCUAAAUGGUUUUUAGAUAUCAAUAUAUUGAUUAUAUUGCAUAUUUCCUGGUGAAGCGUUGACUAAACGUGGGGAAUUACCUUUCUAUUUUAUUACCUCAACCUACUCGCUGACACAAAGACAAAGAAUAUAGACGCGGGGUUAGCGUAGCCAGGGCAGGCCGACAGGCUUGGUGGGUUGCAUUAUUCCCUGGACCUUUUCUCCUCGUGUAUUUCUAAUACGCGUGUCUCUUUCAUGUAUGAGCGGAACGAGGUCUGGUUUUCUCUGUCUACGCACCGACACUCGAAUAGCAAAUCAGAGCGACAGAAAUGUGAAACUAGUUUUAAGGCUUGUUAUCCUGUCAGAUUUUUUGUUAACUUUUUGUAAACAUGAUUCGGCUGCUUGUACGACUUGGCGAAUCAUAAAAGACGAAAGAAUAGACAAGUAACACGCCCAUUGAAAUAAUACCAGCAAUACCAAUCGUGUUAUACUUCAGCUGGAUAGCAAUUGGACCUCGAUCGUCUCCGUGUCCGAACAGGUAAUAAAUCAAAAUAGAAACAGUCCAGAUUCAGCUGCGAUCCUACUGAAGUUAUAAGCGCAUUUAGGGGUCUGUUCAUAUUUUUCAAUAUUUUCUUAGAUUGUCUAAAUAUAUAAUUGAUAAUUACGUAGUUAGGCCUACUGUAUUAUCAAUAGAUGAGUCUUACUAAAAAGGUUUUUUAAACAGGUGUUACAAAAUACCUAUACCUAUAUACAUACGAAGUGAUAAAAUAUGAUAUCUUGGUGGAUAUAAUUAAGAGUUAAAUGAAUAUAACCUGACUUUGCUUUAAGAAUGUUACCCAAGGCACCUUCUACAACAACUACUUCGUAUGUAUAAGUAUAAUAACACCCUGUAUAAUAUUAAUAUUUUGUCGAUGAUGUCAUUAUUGGUUCCUUUAGUAUAAUAACGCUGGUUAUAAUUAGAUUUUGUAUUUUGAUCAUAAAUAAUCUUAAAUAAUCUACUAAUAUUAUAAACGCGAAAGUUAGUGAGGUAUUGUCACGCAAAAUCCACUGGAUGGAUUGGUGUGAAAUUUAGUACACGGGUAGAAUAUAACCUGGAAUUAUCCCAAUAAAAAGUAACCUAUGUGUUCUGAAUUAAAUUCCUACGGGAGCAAAGCCCCCGGGUGCAGCUAGUACUUAAUAUGUUGGCUGCUAAAUAGUAUAAAGUCAAUUAUUUUUAUGCACAAUCAUUGCAUUUAACAUAUAAUGCUUUCGUCAUAUAUAAGGUAAAGCGUCGUGUUAUAUUAUUUUCAGUGUAUGCAAUUCAUUUACAAUAUUUACGUUAUGUAAUCACAUGCACAUCAUUAUUACUUCACAUUGGAAAAUAACUGCAGCUCAAGCGUGUAUUUAUUAUAAAUUAUAAACAAAAAUAAGUAAAUAAAACAAAAUACACAAUAACACGAUAGUAUUGAAAAAUUGAAAAUGGUGUUUCGAAAAAUUAAGUUUUAUCAUAUUUCUAAAAAUUAUUAUCUGGAAACCAGAAGUAUCGUCAUAAAUUCGUAAUAAUUGGAAAAUGUUUUCGUUAGAAAUUCCAAUGGUGACGACCAUUGCAUUGGAUGUGUGUUUUUUUGUAAUUGUCCAAUAUAAAUUAUGAAUGUCUUACAUAUUUUUAUAUACAUAUGUAUAACAGUAUGUAUCUGUAUUGUAGCACUAAGUCAUAAUAGCGUUUGUGUAAUCGUCAUAGUUUUAUUUGCGUCUGUAUGCAACUUUUUGUUAUAUUUAUAUUGCAAUUUUAUCAUGGUGCCGGCCAUCGACGAAACAAUAAAAGUAAUUAAUUACAAAA